AUCCUCUCUGCACCGCGAGACGCGGUUGUGGCUCCCCAGUAGCGCAGCAUCUUCGGUGACGACUGCCUCGGACCCGUGCUUUCUGCGUUCCUCCCGGUUCCUAAAGGAGUACGCAUCCCUUCGCCCCACGCCUGGGAGGAGUGUGAACUUUUUGCUGGGGGCCCAUAAAGACCGACAAGUUUGAAAAUGGACCAGCAAGAGCCAGCGGAGCCUUCUCCGAAUUCCAAACAGGCUGUUAUUUCAGAGGAGUUAAUUUCAGAAGGAAAAUGGGUCAAGCUUGAAAAAACAACUUACAGGGAUCCUACUGGAAAAACAAGGAACUUGCAGGAAGCUUAAAAACAACUUGUGACGACAGCUACCUAAGUAGCAGCACAUGGCCAUGAGGCCCAGCGCUGGAGAGCUGCGCGAGUAUUGAGAUACCCACAGCCCCGGCAGACCCUGGAGCAAGAGAGCCGAGCCCACGUGCCCCGUCCUGAGCGGGUGAGGGUGCUGCUGCCCAGCUGGCAGUGGAGGACUCGGCCCCAGAGAUGCGCUCACACUUGAGAAAGCGCGGCCAGGGCUUGGAGCCCAGCUCACCGUGGUAGAGUUUGGGUCUCCUUCCUGCCAGGUUAAGGGGACACAGUGUAGCCCCUCGCCCUGCUGAGUGUGAAGGCACAUGCCGGCUGCGCCCUCAAAGCUCUGCACCUGCUCCUUCCAGCCCUCCUUCAUCAAGGAUGUGCAGCGGGAUCCCGUGAAGGUUUUUUCCCCAUAAUCGUCUCCCCUCUGGAGAGCUUGCUUCAGUAGUCGGGAGUGGGCUCUGAGGUCUCCCAGCCACCACACUGAGGGUCCUGUUGCAGCACUUCUCUGUCAUCUGUCACCGCAGGACGGCGCUGUGGCCUCCAAGGAGCUCUUGUGUGAACCAAUAACACUUCAUACCCGAAUGUCAAGCUUUGAAGAAUGAACCUCCAUACUUUACUGUAGGCUGGGAUUAAUAAAUGUACGAAGUACUGCAUGUACAAAACAAAACUGCAGCUAUAGAGAAUCCUUUGUUCCCCUGUCUUACUCACGGAAGAGGCUGUGGAAUUGGUUUUAGGAGUCCAAAGAUAAGCUGGCUUGUGUGCCCCUUCCUGACAUUCAGGAUAGAGCUGAGCUCAUCCUCCGUCGCCUGCCUGUCUCGAGGCGUCGGUUGACUGGAGGAAGGAAAGUACAACGGGCUUUCCUAUAACAAAGACUGAAACACAGAAUCAGAAUUCCACAGCCACGAGAGGCUUUUCCAGCAGCACGCUCUCCAUUCCAUUUUCCAAACGAGAACACGGUCUUGAGGUUGCUGCUGCAGGGUAGCUCGUCGGGCCGGCGGAGGCGAGGAUUUGCUCACUCGAUCCUCAGGACAUCUCUCGGGGUCCCUUAGAGAUGGGGGGAGCUCUCGAGGGACAUCCGUGUUCUGGCACUCUCAUCAGCACUGCUCCGUCAUCUCCUCUCCUGUAACCACGCUCCUCGGUUUGCCUCCGUCACCCCCAGUGUGUCUGGCUUGGGACCUUCAGUGCUCUUCCCCGCACUGUCGUCUUCACUCUUUAGGACUGACCCCACGAGGCAGCAGAGAGAACGGGGCCAAAAGAACUUGGGAAACUGUGAAGCGUACAACCAGGAAAGGACAGUCGGCUGAUGGCGUGUCCAUCAUCCCCGUCCUGCAGAGGACCCUGCACUACGAGUGUGUCGUGCUGGUCAAGCAGUUCCGGCCGCCCAUGGGAGGCUACUGCCUGGAGUUCCCCGCCGGUCUCAUUGAUGAGAACGAAAGCCCCGAAGCAGCUGCUCUGCGGGAGCUCGAGGAAGAGACUGGCUACAAGGGAGAUGUCGCCGAAUGUUCUCCAGCUGUGUGUAUGGACCCGGGGCUGUCAAACUGUACCACCCACGUCGUGACCGUCAUGAUCAACGGGGAUGACGCUGAGAACGUGAGGCCCAAGCCAAAGCCAGGAGACGGAGAAUUCGUGGAAGUAAUUUCCUUACCAAAGAAUGACCUGCUGAGCAGACUCCAUGCUCUGGUAGCCGACGAACACCUGACCGUGGAUGCCCGAGUCUACUCGUACGCGCUGGCCCUGAAACACGCAAACACGAAGCCGUUUGAAGUGCCCUUCCUCAAGUUUUAAGGCCGAAGGACGGUGGGCAUGUUUUGGUAAACAACCACCAGGCCUUUUCACUGAGACUUUGUAUUCAGCUUACUUCUAAUGGAGAGUUGAAAUUAGCUUUUCAUAAAAUAAAAGCAACACAAAAUGCA